AAUUUUCAAUAAAUUUAAAUUACAUAAUAAUUUCUUCAUCGUCCGCUUUCCUUCUUUCUCAUUUGUAUCCCUCGUUUCUUGAAUCGGCGGUAGCUCUCUCGUCCCGGCUUCUCCAUCUAUCUUCGUCUUUUUGAGGAUACAAGUUUUAUAAUGGGGAAAGAGAAGGCUCACAUUAACAUUGUGGUCAUUGGCCAUGUCGACUCUGGGAAAUCUACCACCACCGGGCAUUUGAUCUAUAAGCUUGGUGGUAUUGACAAGCGUGUCAUUGAAAGGUUUGAGAAGGAAGCUGCUGAGAUGAACAAGAGGUCAUUCAAGUAUGCUUGGGUGUUGGACAAGCUUAAGGCUGAACGUGAACGUGGUAUUACCAUCGAUAUUGCUUUGUGGAAAUUUGAAACCACCAAAUACUACUGCACCGUUAUUGAUGCUCCUGGACAUCGCGAUUUCAUUAAGAACAUGAUUACUGGUACCUCUCAAGCUGAUUGUGCUGUUCUCAUUAUUGAUUCCACUACUGGUGGUUUUGAAGCUGGUAUUUCUAAGGAUGGUCAAACACGUGAGCAUGCUUUGCUCGCGUUUACUCUCGGUGUCAAGCAGAUGAUUUGCUGCUGCAACAAGAUGGAUGCCACCACCCCCAAGUACUCCAAGGCAAGGUAUGAUGAAAUUGUCAAGGAAGUUUCCUCCUACCUCAAAAAGGUUGGAUACAACCCUGACAAAAUCCCCUUUGUCCCCAUCUCUGGUUUCGAAGGAGACAACAUGAUUGAGAGGUCGACCAACCUUGAUUGGUACAAGGGUCCAACUCUCCUUGAGGCUCUUGACUUGAUCCAGGAGCCCAAGAGGCCGUCAGACAAGCCACUCCGUCUUCCACUUCAGGAUGUGUACAAGAUCGGUGGUAUUGGAACUGUACCGGUUGGUCGUGUUGAGACUGGUGUCCUCAAACCUGGAAUGGUGGUCACUUUUGGCCCUUCUGGACUGACCACUGAAGUCAAGUCUGUUGAGAUGCACCACGAAGCUCUACCCGAGGCUGUUCCUGGUGACAAUGUGGGAUUCAAUGUGAAGAAUGUUGCCGUAAAGGAUCUCAAGCGUGGUUUCGUGGCUUCCAACUCAAAGGAUGACCCUGCCAAGGAGGCUGCCAACUUCACUUCUCAAGUCAUUAUCAUGAACCACCCUGGACAAAUUGGCAAUGGUUAUGCUCCAGUGCUUGAUUGCCACACCUCUCACAUUGCAGUGAAAUUUGCUGAGAUUCUAACCAAAAUCGACAGGCGAUCCGGUAAGGAACUUGAGAAGGAACCCAAGUUCUUAAAGAAUGGUGAUGCAGGUAUGAUUAAGAUGAUUCCCACCAAACCUAUGGUGGUGGAAACCUUCUCUCAGUACCCUCCUCUUGGACGUUUCGCGGUAAGAGACAUGAGACAGACAGUUGCUGUUGGCGUCAUCAAGUCCGUUGAAAAAAAGGAUCCAAGUGGUGCUAAGGUUACCAAGUCCGCAGUCAAGAAGGGAAAGUGAACCGUAUUUACAAAACUUCACACAACUCUCUCUGACUCUAAGGUUUGCAAGCAUAACAAUCAAAAUAAAGAACUGGCAAGUUUUCUUGGUUAUGCUUUAUCGAGUCUUUUAACUUUCAUUGGUGAUUAUAGUUGUUGGCAUUGGUUAUUAAGUACUCACUCUCAGAAUUGGGUGCUUGAUAGACGGUGGCACAACUAUCGUCUAUAGUCUCUCUUUUCGUUUUGUAUUCUGCUUUAUUGGUCCUGUUUGAGUUGGAUGUGCUCUUUGGUUCGUCCCAAAUGGAUAAAAAAAGUUCCAUUGCUAUGUUGCUGAGGUUUGGAUAUACUACAUUUUAAUAUCAAAACCAAUGUCUUUGCUUAUUUUCGCAAUGAAGAAAUUGCUGCCUUUCUAAUC